UGGGGGGAUGGCGAGAGAAGGGUGGAGAGAUGGAGACAUCUUUAGUGAUAUUGGGCAAUAAUGUGGGAGCCCGUUGGGAUGACUGCCAACAGUGCAGGACAAAAGGGAGGGGCAGAUGAGAGAGAGAUUGGGGGGGGGGGGGGGGGGCGGGGGGGAGGGGAGGGAGCGGAGAGGACAUAGGGAGGGUCUGCAGGGAGGGAGUGGCUAGCGCAGAGCCUGCGUGUGGUAGGGUGAUGGAUUGAUAGAAUGAAGUAGGAGGCAGGAACUCUGGGGAACGAGCGAGAGGAGGGGGAGGGGGAGGAGAGGGGCGUGGAAGGGGGGCGCGGAAGGGCAGAGGGAGGCGGGUGGGACGGGAUGUCCAGUCCAGGGAUGUAUAAAAGCUGCGCUGCAUCUCACUUGGACGUCCUGUUGCUUCGCUCCCUCUUCAACCCUCCUGAGCUCGGACAGCUGCUCCCAACCCCCUUCGGAGAACAACAUCACUUGAGUGCGACAGAAAGAUAGAGAAAGGAAGACAGAGCGAGAAAGGAAGAAGAACCAUACAGAUUCUUAGAGCUAAGGAAACUCAGACCAGCCAGACAACCGCCACCAUGAGCAGCCACUCUACCGCCCGCACCUCCUACCGCCGCACUUUCGGCACCCCUUCCUCCAUGCAGUCCUCCUAUACCCCCCUCUCGUCCCGCAUGAUGCCCCACUCCAGCCGCUACCUGAGCUCCAUGCCGGGCGCCAUGCCCACGCGCCAGGUGGCCUACCGGGCACGAUCCAGCACCCCAACCCCUCGGGUCUCCUACGACAAGGUAGACUUCUCUCUGGCUGAGGCCGUCAACCAGGAGUUCCUGGCCACCCGCAGCAACGAGAAGCAGGAGCUGAUGGAGCUCAACGACCGCUUCGCCAGCUUCAUCGACAAGGUGCGUUACCUGGAGCAGCAGAACUCUGGGCUGCAGGCCGAACUGAGCCAGUACAAGGGCCAGGAGCAGCAGGGCAAGCCCAACCGCGCCUGCGACCUCUACACAAAGGAGAUGCGUGAGCUCAGGAGGGAGCUGGAUUUCGUGGGGAAGGACCGUGACCAGAUCCAGGUGGAAAGGGACAACCUGGCCGAGGACCUGGCCCUGAUGAAGCAGAGGUUUGAUGAGGAAACCCAGAAGAAGCAGGAGGCUGAAAAUAACCUGGUGCUAUUCCGUAAGGAUGUGGAUGAUGCCACUCUGUCUCGUCUGGACAUGGAGAGGAAAAUUGAAUCGCUGAUGGAUGAGAUCGAGUUCCUCAAGAAGCUCCAUGAUGAGGAGAUCCAGGACGUGCAGGUGAGUGCCCAGACUCAGCAGAUGAAGUUUGAGGUGGAGACCCAGGCUCGCCCCGACCUCACCGGUGCCCUGAGGGACAUCCGAGCUCAGUACGAGAACAUCGCCUCCAAGAACAUGCAGGAGUCUGAGGAAUGGUACAAGUCCAAGUUUGCUGACCUGACAGACUCCGCUAAGCGCAAUAAUGAUGGCAUGAGGCAGGCCAAGCAGGAGGCUAAUGAGUCCCGCCGGCAGAUCCAGGCUCUCAACUGUGAGGUCGAUGCCCUCAAGAGCACGAAUGAGGCUCUUCUGAGGCAGAUGCGGGAGAUGGAGGAUCAGUUUGGUGUGGAGGCCAAUAACUACCAGGACAAUGUGAAUCGCUUGGAGGAGGAGAUCCGCCACCUGAAGGAUGAAAUGUCCCGCCAUUUGAGGGAGUACCAGGACCUGCUCAACGUCAAGAUGGCGCUGGAUAUUGAGAUCGCCACCUACAGGAAGCUUCUUGAGGGAGAGGAGAGCAGGAUUGUUAUUCCAAUGAACAUUCCCUCCUACCGUGGUGGUGACUACGAAGACAAACCCGAACCUGGACAUGGAAGGAAAGUUGUGAUCAAGACUGUUGAAACCCGUGAUGGAGAGGUUGUGAAGGAGUCAAGGAAGGAGAGGGAUUCCCACGAUAGCCGUGACAAGAGUGAUUCCCGUGAUUCCCGUGAUUCCCAUGAUGCCCGUGACUCCCGUGAUUCCCGUGAUUCCCGUGAUUCCCGUGACACCCGUGGAGACCGUGACGACCGUGACGACCAUGAUUCCAAAGACUCUGACAGGGAUGAGUAGACAAGCUAGCUAAUACCAGCUGAAUGUUCCAGGGUCAAGAAUAGUGUGAACAAUAGGGUAGAAAAAUGAAAAGGAAUGAAAAUCAUAAGAAUGAAAAAGAGAUCAAAAGCUGCUUAUAUCAUAUGUAGUGCUAAUUGAUGAAACAAUUAUGAAUGCUAGCCAGGUUUAACAGAAGACUUUUUGUUUUUGACUCAAAACUGUGAUCCAUGAGCAAAUCAGAUUUUUGCUCAGUCUAAUAGCCCUCUUCCCCAAAAUGUAUACACUGAUCUAAACUGUAAACUCACAACUGAUUGUGACAAUGGUGCUACAAUGACACAUGCAUUCAUGGUUCAAACUUGGUGUUGUUCAAUGGCAACAUUAUUGACAUUGAUUAUUGACAAAAACACAACCCUUGACACAGUUGCUCACAAUCUAAAACAGAUACUUCAACACACAGACACAAACAUGAAUGUACUGACAUAGUCACUGACAUGAGGACGAUUGUAGAGUUUGGUAGGUGCAGGUUUGUGGUGGAGCAAGCCUUACCUGUUCACCUUCAGUUGAAAACCACCCGAGGCCUUGAUUUACAGGAAAAAACACAGAAUUUUCUCAAGUAAUGUAUGUUUUGUAUAUGAACCUGACACCUCAAAAUGAACACUCGCCACAAAACUCUACCGUCAAGGGGGAGCUUUUAACAGUAAUGCAAGCACUCGUCUGUUUUGUAGUAUACUCUUAUCGCUUAUAGUCACUGCCAGGGUUUGAUCUGAUGAUGUGCAACUGGACAAUAAUACUGUUUGAGCAGCUCCCUAUAUUGGGAGGCAUUUGUGACCUUGUAAUAGACUAUAACCUGUGUCAGAUGGCUCUGUGUUGGUACAUAUAGUAACAGCUCAACCUCAUCUCUCCAGAGCAAGUGAGUAAUGAUCAUCACUAUACUAUAUAUACAUCACUAUACUGCACACCACAUAACGAGACGCCUCAUUCGUUUCACAUCACAGCAGGGAUCUUUUUGUUUUGCUGUUCUUUGGGAAUGCUUGUCCUUUGCCAAUUUCAGAGAAAAUUACUAAUAGAUAGGAUUAAAUUGAAAAUACAAAUAAACUACACUGGAACAACAAA